AUGUUCUCUCCAAAACUAUCUCUCCUUAUUCUUCUGGUUUUCGUCACAAUUGUUGCCUGCAACUUCAUCGAAUCGGAUGUCUACCGUUUUCCUGAUAACUGUGAAUUCGAGAAAUCAGCUGAAAAGCGUGAAGUAGACACUUCUGAAGAGGCUGUGGAUUUCCCGGAUGGUGUGUUCGCCCCUUCGAUGGAAUCAAUUUUGGAAUACGCUGAACAAAUGGCAGAGAAGAAAAUGGAUCCAGUCACUUUUUAA